AUGGAGGACGCUUUCUCACCAGAAGGAAGCCUGGGCGCUGGCGGCGGCGGCGGCGGCGGCGGCACGGGGCGAGGGAACGGCCAGGGCUUUUGCCUCGACGGGGUCGGGACAGCGCCGCGUGAGGCCUGCUCUGUUACGGUGCAGCGUGGUAAUGGUAGCGGCGCGUACCGUCAGCUAGCUACUCAGCCGGUCGGCCCAGCACCUCACCUCACUCAGCUGAGCUCGCGCGGCUGGAGCCUGGAGAGGAGGAGAGCGGGGAGCGUCUGA